AUGUCGGGCCUAUAUGACGAUAGUAGCUACAGUAGGGAUUCAUUGUCCAGUGUUGAAGAACUAAUACGUGACAAAUCAGAAAAGACAAACGUGGUAACCUAUAUAUUUACACCUAACGACCGACGUUGUCUAGAAGCCAUCGAAUGCGUGAGAUGUAGAGGGAAAUUUAUUGAACCGGGUUUAUAUUACAAACAUUUGGUCUACAAACACGAUUUUAGCGCUUUCCAAGCGCGCAAAUUCAUUGACGAAAUGAUACAUCACGGUUUUGAACCACCAAUAAUCUGUAACAACUGCAAUGAAGAAUUUUAUGAUUACAUAAAACUGCAUAAUCAUCAAGUUGAAAGUAGACACUGCAAUGAUGAGCUAAAUGUUAUGAAAUUACCGGACAAAAAAAGAAUAAGCAGUCCCUUCUAUAAAAACAAAGUUCCCAUUGUCUGUCAUCAGUCCAACACGACUGGCGGUAACACUUUGCUUCAAACAUUUACGACUACUAAGUAUAGCGGCGACAAGAAUUGGCCAAAGCUAAUCCAAUCUUCUUUCACGUGCAAAGACGAAACCUGCAGCAAAUUAUUUCUUAAUCUAAGAGAAUUAAAUCAACACGGCAAACUUGAGCACGGUGUUUGUCACAAAUGUGAUGAAACUUUUAUAAAUCAAGAAAAACUUGAUCAUCACCUGGUAUAUAAACACAAUAGGGAACCUAAGUAUCAUUGCAUUACAGGCUCAUGUGAGCAAAGGUUUUGCUGGCAAAACGCAUCGUUUAGACAUCUCGACACUUACUCGGCUGACUGUAUCCGUCAGCUCAACAACGGCAGGCCCAAAUUACCACCUGAUCCUUUAGUUGAACGGACUAAACGUUUGACAAAAAAUAAAAAUACACCCAAACAACAAGCAAAACCAUUUUAUUGUUUAUUAUGUGAAAGAAAGUUCUCAAGUGGCUACGAUUUAUACAAUCACAAGAAAGCUAUGCAUAACCGAAAGCUCAAGUCGGCAAGGAAAUGUGACCUAUGCCCCGAAUUUUUCACUGAAAAGGGAGAUCUUGUUCUACACCGCCAACGUAAUCACAAAAUUAAAUUUCGAAAAUUUCCAAACUCAUAUAGAUGUUGUGAUUGCAACAAAGACUUCAGAUCACCCAAAACCUUACGCGAUCACAAGGAAACUCAUCAUGGGUUGGAUUUGUCUGAUUGCAUAUAUUGCGAUGAAAAAUUCAGUACAAAGGAAGAUUUAGAUUCACAUAACAUAAUUUGUAAAUCAGUCCGGAUAAACCCCGAAACAAUAACAUUAGAAGAUAGUGACACAUCGCGUGAAACCUUAUUUCUUACGAUGAACAACGGUCAUAGAUCCCCAGAUUACUCUCCGGUGGAAUUACAAUUAAUAAAAUGUCAAAAAGAGGGUUGCGUCGAAAGCUUUUUAACUGAUGAAGACUUGAACAUACAUGUUUAUCUUCGACACCAUCCUAGAUAUCCUUGUGUUAUCUGUCAUGCGAAAUUCGAGUCGAUCAUCUCUUUAAACGAACAUGAAAGACGACAACACGGAACUAAUAAUUUCGACUGCGUGUUUUGCAUAAGAUCUUUUGACUCCUUUAACGAUUGGGAAAAACAUAAUAGUUCAUGUAACCCAUUGGCCAAAGACACCGACACCAUAAGUCUUGAUGAUAUAAGUGACUCGUCAAUGACGCCAUAUGUCCCGACACCUUCACCACCUCUAAUCACGAGAUUUCGAGUUAACCAAGUUCGGACAUUAUCAAGUGUUAAUACGUGUACCAUUAAAUGCGAUCACUCAGGCUGUCCAAUGAUGUUUUCAUCAAUUAGAAAAAUGGUGGAACAUUUUAACACUCAUAAUUCGUCGUCUAUUCAGUUGCCAUUUACUGACUAAAACAAUUACCUUUUUACU